AUGCAGAAACCGCUUCGCCCGGCUCGAAAUAUCCGAUGGCCUCUCAGUCAAACGAAAAAGGGAAGCUUCGAGAAGAAAACCGCAUCAUUGCUCAGCUGCAUGUGUUCGAUUGGGGAAAGCGAUGGCGAGGAGAGGGAACGGGCAAAUCAAUCACCGUCCCCUACACUGCCCCCACUAUCACCGAAUAGAAUGACCACAUCACUGACGACUUCUGCCACAUUCACAUUGCUUGAUAAGAACAAUAAUGCGAAGAAGCGAGCGGCUGCAAUGGCUGCAAAAUUGAACGGAAUCUCGUUGGAAACUGAAGAAUUAACGCUAGUUUUCAACGACGAAGAAACGCAAAGCUCAGACUCGCUGACACAAUCGUCUCGUGGCAGCUCUGAACCAAAAACCUCGGAUCUCUCCUCUGAAAGCGGAGAAGAAGACGAGAACUCCUCUUUGAGAACCCUGCCACCGAUGGACUACCCACCAAUGCUACAAGAUUUAGAAGCCGUUUGCACGAUUGGAACUGGCACCUUCGGUCGAGUACAAUUGACGCGUCAUCGAGACACGAAGAAACACUAUGCUCUGAAAAUUUUAAAUAUGCAUAAGAUUGUGCAAACGCGACAAGUCGAACACGUGCACAACGAGAAGCACAUUUUAUCGAUAAUUGAGCAUCCAUUCAUCGUGAAAUUACACAACACCGAGAGAGAUGAGCGCAAUCUGUACAUGAUCAUGGAGUUUGUGCCGGGUGGAGAAUUGUUCAGUUAUCUUCGCGCCGCUCGUCGCUUCUCUCUACAAAUGGCGACUUUCUACGCGGCUGAGAUCACUUCAGCGCUCGCUUUUUUGCAUUCACAGAAUAUCGUCUAUCGUGACUUGAAACCCGAAAAUUUGAUGUUGACUCAAAGUGGACACAUAAAAAUGGCUGAUUUUGGCUUCGCUAAAGAGCUGAGAGAUCGAUAUAAAAUUGUUGGAAUCGAUGCGAUUCUUGAUAUGCG